AUGGGCCGUCCGUGCCCUGCGCCGCGGCUCUGCGCACUGUUGCUGCUCCUCGCGCUGCUGCCGCCGCUCGCCCGUGCCUGGGACAGCGGCGACCUGGAGCUUUUCGACCUGGUGGAGGAGGUGCCGCAAAACUUCUACGGCUUCCUGGGGCUGCCGCAGGAUGCUUCAUCUGCAGACAUUAGGAAAGCAUAUCGCAAGCUUUCACUAACUUUACACCCAGACAAGAACAAAGAUGAAAAUGCAGAAACCCAGUUUAGACAAUUGGUGGCUAUCUAUGAGGUUUUAAAGGAUGAAGAGAGAAGGAAGAGGUAUGAUGAUAUUCUGAUCAAUGGACUACCAGACUGGCGACAGCCUGUAUUCUACUACAGGCGGGUGAGAAAAAUGAGCAAUGCUGAGCUGGCAUUACUCUUGUUCAUUAUUCUCACAGUGGGUCAUUAUGCUGUGGUUUGGUCAAUCUACCUGGAAAAACAGCUGGAUGAACUGCUUAGCAAAAAAAAGAGAGAUAAGAAGAAAAAGACAGGAGGCAGGAGUACAGAUGAAGUAAAACUUGGGACUGCUGACAAAAACGAAAGAUCAUUGGAAAAACCACAGUGGCGUGAUUUGCUUCCGUGCAAGCUGGGAAUUUGGUUCUGUCUUACUGUAAAAUCAUUACCUCAGCUGUUGCAGGAUGCCAGACAAUUAUAUGUAGAAUAUAAAGAAACAAAAAUGAAGGCGAGAGAAGAUGCCCUGGCUAGAGCUGAACUUGAAACACUUCCGAAGGAGAAGAAACCUAAAGUCAAGAAACAAAAGUCGGAAUUCCCUAUAUAUACUGCUUCAGAAUCUAAUGCAUAUAUACCAUCAUAUGAACAUGGAGUUUCUAUUGAAGAGAUUGAGGAACAGAUGGAUGAUUGGUUGGAGAAUAAGAACAGAGCAUACAAAAAAAAGGCACCUGAAUGGACAGAAGAGGACCUUAGCCAGCUGACAAGAAGUAUGGUUAAGUUCCCAGGGGGGACCCCAGGUCGAUGGGAAAAGAUUGCUCACGAAUUGGGUCGAUCAGUGCCAGAUGUUACCAUGAAGACCAAGCAACUGAAGGAAUCUGUUACACAUACUCCAGGAAUUGUUAGACUCUCUGAGCUUAGAAACUUGGCCCAGAAUUCCAGAAAUGCCAAAACCAACAUGGAUUUGCCAGACCAUAUAAUUACGCAGCGAGAAAUAGAUGAGGAGGAGAAAGAGGAGGAGGAGGAGGAGAACUAUAAUCGUGACCCAGAACAGAUGGUUAUUCCAGCAGAUCAGAGAGAGACCAUGACAAGCGAAACCAGACACCGCAAGCGAAAAACAACCAAAGCAUCUGAAAUAACUCUAGCAACGAUGAAAGAGGUGGCAGAAGAUAAAUGCAGGGGAAAGCGUCAGAAAGACUUUAACAACACAGAACAGGAUGAAUAUAGCGAUGAUGAGAACAGAAAAAAAGAGAAAAGCCACAAUUCCGAAGAAUUGUGGACUCAAAAUCAACAGAAACUUCUUGAACUAGCCUUACAGCAGUAUCCAAAGGGAACAUCAGACCGCUGGGAUAAGAUAGCAAAAUGCGUCCCAGGAAAAAGUAAGGAUGAGUGUGUGGCAAGAUACAAGUUGCUUGUUGAACUGGUACAAAAGAAGAAAAUGGCUAAAAGCUGAAUCUUCUGAGCAAAAGAGUUUUAUUUCUAUUUUUCAGAAUGAGAUUAUAUUUUAAAUCUCAUAUGCAGAAGUUUGCAUUUUUGUACCGCAGUAUUUCUAUGUCA